AUGUUUCUGUUUUUGAUAUUCUUUUCUACCUUGACCUAUUUCUGCUUGAACCUGUAUAGGAGAAGACAAAAGAAUCCGAAUGGUCCCAUCCCUCUUCCACUCAUCGGAAACUUACACCAAAUCGCGUACUACGCCAAGAAAACCGGAGGAAUCGUUCCAGCGUUUAACGAGUUCAAAAAACAAUAUGGAAACGUUUUUACAUUGUGGAUGGGUCCUGUACCGUCAGUAUAUAUUGCUGACUUUGACAUUGCUUAUGAGACGCAUGUGAAAAGGGUCAAUGUAUUCGGACAUCGGUAUACAAUUGGUGGAAUGGAUUAUAUUCGCGAAGGAAGGGGAAUCGUUGGGUCGAAUGGGGAUUUUUGGUUGGAGCACAGAAGAUUCGCAUUGACAACGUUGAGAAAUUUCGGGCUGGGAAGGAAUAUCAUGGAGGAGAAGAUUAUGGACGAAUAUCGAUACAGAAUUCAAGACUUCUCGAAAACGCAUGCAAUCGGAAAAGAAAGUUUUGAAGUGAGCGCCGCGACAUUUUUUGAUAUUCUUGUUGGAUCUGUCAUCAACCAAAUGCUGGUUUCCGAACGAUUCGAACAAGGGGAUGAGGAUUUUCAAAAGCUGAAAGUUAGCUUGGCGAAAUCACUGGAAGAACUUUCGCCGAUAGAUAUGUUCACACCAUUGAGCAUUUUGAAAUCUCCUUUGUGGAGAUGGCGAACGAAAGUUACAUUGGCUCCGUUUGAUUUUGUAUUGGAAAUGGUGUCAAAGGGAAUCAAGAGAAGAAUGGCUGCUAUUGAAAAUGGCACUCAUGUGGUUAACGAAGAAGGCGACGACUUUGUGGAUGCGUUCCUUGUAAAAAUCAACAAAGAUCAAAAAGACAAAAUUCUGGAUUCCAGUUUUACCCUGGACACCCUAGCCAUCGACCUCUACGAUCUUUGGCUGGCUGGACAGGAAACAACAUCGACCACAUUAACCUGGGCCGUUGUGUGUCUUCUGAAUCAUCCAGAAGUCGUUGAGGAACUACGAAAAGAACUAGAUGGGGUCACUGGAGGAACUCGAGGGGUGUCGCUGACAGAUAGAUCGAAGACACCAUUCCUUAAUGCGACCAUAAAUGAAGUCCAAAGAAUCGCGUCUAUACUCAACAUCAACCCCUUCCGACAUCUUCAAGAGGAUACUGUAAUCGACGGACAACCUAUAGCCGCUGGAACAUGUGUCACCGCUAAUUUGGCGCAGUUCCAUAGUGAUGAGGAACUUUUUAAAGAGCACACAAAGUUUAAGCCAGAAAGAUUUUUGGAGAAUAAUAAUUUGGAGAAAAAAUUGAUCCCAUUUGGAAUCGGUAAACGAUCCUGCCCAGGAGAGUCGUUGGCUAGAGCUGAGCUCUAUUUGAUUCUUGGAAAUCUUGUCAUGGAGUACAAUCUGGAAUCAGUUGGUCUGGUUCCUGAAAUCAAGUCUCCAACUCCAUUUGCACUGAUGAAAAGACCGCCGAUUUAUGAUGUUCGAUUUGUUCCAAGAUCUUAA